GGCACCAUACACUGAGCAGUCUUCCCAAUAAUCUCUGCCCACAUUUCUACGCCGGAGCCACUCCGUGACUCUAUGCCCUCUCUGCGUUUUUUUUCUGCGAUCGUGUAAAUAAGCAGGAGCAGGACUCAGUCCCGCUCGUCGAGUGACGAAAAGCGCCUGUCGUCGUGAAGUGCCCUGGGACUUUAUAAGUGUGCCUUCUUGACGCGGGCAGCUCUGUAAAGGAGUUAUUUACCACUCGUGGAAGAUGGGUUGCGUCCCGGUGAUAUUAGCUCUGGUUUUGGCCGUUGUGGUGCCGUCGUUGGCCGGAUACAUCGAGGCGCUGGCAGCCAACGCAGGCACCGGGUUUGCCAUGUCCGAGCCGCAGGUGGCCAUGUUCUGCGGCAAGCUCAACAUGCACGUCAACAUCCAGACGGGCCGCUGGGAACCUGAUCCAUCCGGAACCAAGAGCUGCGUAGGUACCAAGGAGGCUGUGUUGCAUUAUUGUCAGGAGAUGUAUCCUGAGCUCCAAAUCACCAAUGUGGUGGAGGCCAACCAGCCGCUGCGCAUCGACAACUGGUGCAAGAAGGAGAAGAAGGUCUGCAAGGGGCACGGCCACAUUGUGGUGCCUUACAAAUGCCUCGUGGGUGAGUUUGUGAGUGACGUCCUGCUGGUUCCAGAGAAGUGCAAGUUCUUCCACAAGGAGCGAAUGGACCUGUGCGCUAGCCACCAACAGUGGCACGGCGUGGCCAAGGAGGCGUGCUCCAAAAGCUCGACGGUGCUGCACAGCUACGGCAUGCUGCUCCCAUGCGGCACCGAUAAGUUCCACGGCACAGAGUUCGUCUGCUGCCCGCCUUCCCGCACCGAGGAGUCGGCCGAUUCAGCUCCCGAGCAUGAGGAGGAGGAGGAAGACGUGGAGGAUGAGGAGAUCGAUGAGGCCAAGCUGGAUGACGACGAGGACGCCCCUGAGAACAGCGAGGCUCCGGCUGUCGAGCAACCCACGCAGAAAGAGGAGCCGCUGGAUGAGGAGGACACAGAGGAAGACGUGGAUGAGGCAGAUGAAGAGGAUUACCACUACGUCUACGAGGAUGAAGAGGCAGAUAACGAUGAAGAUCACAAGCGAGACAGCAGCAGAAUGUCGGACAGCCGUGAGGACGAGGACAAGACUCUUCAAGAAGUCAAAGCCGUGUGCACCCUGGAGGCGGAGACAGGGCCCUGCAGGGCCUCCAUGCCCCGCUGGCACUUCGACCUGAGCCAGAAAAAGUGUGCGCUUUUUAUCUACGGCGGCUGCGCGGGAAAUCGCAACAACUUUGACUCGGAGGAAUACUGCAUGGCAGUGUGCAAGCGACUCGCCACGCUCCCGACACCUCAGCCCGCCGACGACGUGGACAUCUACUUUGAGACGCCAGCAGAUGACAAGGAGCACAGUCGCUUCCAGAAGGCCAAGGAGCAGCUAGAGAUCAGGCACCGCAACCGCAUGGAGAGGGUGAGGAAGGAGUGGGAGGAGGCUGACCGCCAGGCCAAGAACCUGCCCAAGGCUGAGAGGCAAACUUUGGUCCAGCACUUCCAGGCCAUGGUGGAGUCACUGGAGGAGGAGGCCGCCAGUGAGAAGCAGCAGCUGGUGGAGACCCACCUGGCCCGGGUGGAGGCCAUGCUCAACGAUCGGCGGCGUCUGGCCCUGGAGAAUUACCUCGCGGCCCUGCAGGCCGACCCCCCCAGGCCUCACCGCAUCCUGCAGGCACUGCGCCGCUAUGUGCGCGCUGAAAACAAGGACCGCCAGCACACCAUCCGCCACUACCAGCACGUCCUGGCCGUGGACCCCGAGAAGGCAGCUCAGAUGAAGUCACAGGUGAUGACUCACCUGCAUGUGAUCGAAGAGAGGAUGAACCAGAGUCUAUCCCUGCUCUACAAGGUCCCCUACGUGGCCGAGGAGAUCCAGGAUGAAAUCGGUGAGCUGCUGCAGGAGCAGAAAGCCAACAUGGACCAAUUCCUGUCGUCUAUCUCCGAAUCCCAGCCGGACGUCACCGUGUCCUCGGAGGAGAACGUGGAGGUGCCCGUCGUGUCCGAGGGGAAACCCUACCGGCCAAUCCAGGUCACUUCUUUGGGAUCCCGCCCGGAGCCAGAGGGCGAUCUGUCCGACCCGCAGCGAGCCUUCAAGAAAGGCUCCGCUGUGUCCGGCCUGGAUGGUCUGAUUGGUGCCGAGGAGAGAAUCAUCAACAGCAAGACCAAAAUGGGACCCAACGUGGUGAUUGAUGAGUCUCUGGAUGUUAAAGAAGUUGUUUACAGUGCAGAGAGACUCCACAUUUUGCAUGAUGAUGAGCUGGAGACCUACAGGCCCCUGGGCGAGGACUUCAGCUUCGGCAGCAGCGUUCUGAUCGGCCUGCUGGUGAUCGCGGUUGCCAUAGCGACGGUGAUCAUAAUCAGUCUGGUGCUGCUGCGGAAGAGACAGUACGGCACCAUCAGACACGGCAUUGUGGAGGUGGACCCCAUGUUGACGCCAGAGGAGCGCCACCUUAACAAGAUGCAGAACCACGGUUACGAGAACCCCACCUACAAAUACCUGGAGCAGAUGCAGAUCUGACCCUGCAGGGGGCGCCGCCACGGAACCGACUGGCAUAUACUACUGACCAAUAAUUCCGUAAUAAGAUGAUGACCAUUACAAUGCUGUUGUUCCACUCAUUUACAUGCAUCCGAAACAUCCCUCCUACUUGCUACUAUUGUAUCAUGGAGCUCCUUUUUUUUUUAUUGCAUAGUUGUUGAUUACGAGGGGUUGUUUUGUCACCAUUUUCACUUGCUUGGAUAAAAGAUAUGUAACAUUUCUGACGAUUUUUGUUUUGUUUUGUUUUUUUUUUUUUUGACGUGAUUCAAAAGCAGUUUUUGAUGCCAAUGCCGCCGUUUUCUCAGUUUCUUUUCUCCUCGAUAGCUUGCUUGGAAAUAAAUAUUUGUACCCAUUAAAAUAUAUUAUGAAACAAUUGAUGAGGGGUAAAAAAGACUAUUUACAGAUGAUACAUUGAUAAAAUAUUAUAUGAUGGGAAUAUGUAAAAUACUGGUCGAAAUCAAAGUUCGUUCCAGUUUUGACACAUAGGGGGCAGGCCAUUAUUGCACUUAGUACUUUCUUAGCUUGAGUCCCAGUGCAUCUAUGUGAUAGUCUAAAAGAAUGUUAUUUAUCAUCUGUUAUGAAAUCUUAAUAAACAGAUGCUUAGACUUGGACCACUACUUAGCUGAACUGAGUGACAGGCAUCAAACUGUUCAUCACUCUCUUGCAAGAUUGACUUAACCCAUUCUAUUUCUCAGCGGCUCAUUUAUAGGUAGAAAAUUAAAAAAUGUUUGAUUCUACAAAGUAUUAAGAACGUAACUUCCAAAUCCAAAUAUUGUCAUUUUCAAGCACUUGUUUACAGGCUUUUUUACAACAAGUAUCACUAUCGUGGACAACAUUCCAUACAUUAGUGUCAUAAAUAUGGAGGACAAAAUAUUACUUGACCAAUCACGGCUCACCUCUUCUCCGAAGCUGGGCCAUGAUAGGUCUUUACCUCAGCCCUGAGGAACUGUGAUGUCAUUUUCAGUCAAAAUGGCCGCCCCCCCACGAUGGACAAUAAGGGCUUGAUUUUACUGCUUAAAUCAUAUUCCACAAAUGCAAUAUUAAUCAGAAUGCCAAGCUUAAGGCUGGUUGGGCUGCAUAGAACUUAUUAUUGUAAAGAAAAUGUUGGGGUUGACUUCACCUUUAAAUAUGAUUCUAUUAUAAUGUAUUGGUCAUAAAAGUUAAGUAAAAAAAUGAGAAAUAAAAGCUUAAAUAAAACAACACAAAAACCAUAUAAUUUUGGGGUUUUUUUUGUGGAGGGGGCAGGGGUCUCACCUUUUUUCCAGAGCUAUAUAUGCAGUCACACAUGUUGGGGAAGUCCUGAAACAAAGGUGGGCGCCCAGCCCAUUUAAGAAUUAUAAUUAGACAUGUAUUAAAACAAAACAACAAAAACUCAUCAAUUUUUUUCAUAAAUGUUAGUAUGGCUGUCAGCGGAAGAACUUCUUCCCAAGGUUUCCUACCGAUCUUCCCGAGAUUGAAUGUAAACUGGAAUGUUCUAUUUCAGGUUGUGAUAGGGGACAACUUUUGCCUCAUCAGAGGACAUAUUUGGUUGGAUUUGGAACCACGUCUCAAAUUCAAUCAUUUCGUUUUUUGCAUGACAAUUUUUUUUAAGCUUUUCCAACUCAAGCCCCCCCCCCCCUCCCCCAACUUAACAAAUGUUUUUUCCUCCCAACAAAAACACUGCUUGAACAAACACUGUACAUAAACUGAUUUACUAUAACAGAUAUGAAAAGAAAGAAGAUAGGCCAGAAUUCACAACUAAAAGGACUUGCCUCCGAAGCUCCAAAUAACCUUUGGCAACUAAAUAAAAAAACUAUUUUCCCUCUCUGCUGUCUUUAUAUAAUCACUGUUACAAUCAUGGCUUUUCUUUCCAGAGGACUUUUUCUGUGCUGCUGUGCAUUGUUCUGAUACAUUAGAUGGUGUUCUAUAUCAAAAUAUGUAUACAUUUAUCUAUUUGAAAUUUCUCUUUCUAUUUGUUUGUUCCUCUUGUGACAGUACUGUAGCUCUGUAUGUCUCACUAUGCACCCCAGAAAAGAAAAAAAAAUCAGCUUCAGUCUUGUAACUAUAACUGCCUGUUUGAUUGUGUAUGGCGACACACACACAAACACACAUGGCUAAAUUUUGCUGUAUUUCGUUUGUAUUUUAUUAUUAUUAUUCAUCAGAGAGUGGCGUAACAAGCAGUUUUCUGGUUAAGGGGACAACACGUGUCAAUAAAGUCACAACUUCCA